UUGGCGGGGUGGUGGCGGGGGGGCGUGGCGCGCGGCUCUGACCCGGAUGUUCACCGCGCACCGCAGCGCCGGAAGCGGAAGCGCCGCGGCCUCGGGGGAGACCGGACGGACCGGGAGGCGCCGCCGCCGUUCGACCGCCCAGCGCAGCCCCGCGGAGCCGACAUGAGUGACCAGCAGCUGGAUUGUGCCUUGGAUUUGAUGAGGCGUCUGCCUCCGCAGCAGAUAGAGAAGAAUCUCAGUGACCUCAUUGACCUGGUCCCAAGCCUCUGUGAAGAUCUCCUCUCCUCCGUUGAUCAGCCAUUGAAGAUUGCGCGGGAUAAGGUGGUAGGAAAAGACUAUCUAUUGUGUGACUACAACAGAGAUGGAGACUCCUACAGAUCACCGUGGAGUAACAAGUACGAUCCUCCCCUGGAAGACGGUGCCAUGCCAUCUGCUCGCCUGCGCAAGCUGGAGGUGGAAGCCAACAAUGCCUUUGACCAGUACAGAGACUUGUAUUUUGAAGGUGGUGUCUCCUCUGUCUACCUCUGGGAUCUGGAUCAUGGUUUUGCCGGGGUGAUCCUCAUUAAGAAAGCUGGAGAUGGAUCAAAGAAGAUUAAGGGAUGCUGGGAUUCCAUCCACGUGGUGGAGGUUCAGGAGAAGUCCAGUGGCCGUACUGCUCAUUACAAGCUGACCUCCACGGUGAUGCUCUGGCUGCAGACUAACAAAACUGGUUCUGGUACCAUGAACCUCGGCGGGAGCCUCACCAGACAGAUGGAGAAGGAUGAGACCGUGAGUGACUCUUCUCCGCACAUAGCCAACAUUGGACGCUUGGUAGAGGACAUGGAAAACAAAAUCAGAAGUACGUUGAAUGAGAUUUAUUUUGGAAAAACAAAGGACAUCGUCAAUGGGCUGAGAUCUAUCGAUGCUAUCCCUGACAACCAAAAGUAUAAGCAGUUGCAGAGGGAGCUUUCUCAAGUGUUGACCCAGCGCCAGAUCUACAUCCAGCCCGAUAACUAAACCGACCCAGGUCUGUGCAGACUUUUGCAGACAAAUCAAAACAAGAAGCUCUUAAAAACGACCUGGUGGAAGCUUUGAAGAGGAAGCAGCAGAGUUAAAGUCCUCCUCGUGCUAACACGCCCUGCCAUGCACUCGUUAGAUUCAUUUCUUAGAGAACUCGUCCCCCCCCCGCCCUUUUCUGUUACCUCACGUCACAACUCGCAUUCAGCACUCUCCGUGCAGCCCCAUCCUCCCCCCAUCAAUAAAGCUGUACAAACUUUUUCAGUCUCUGAGGCCUAUUUCCACCACAUUUUACGACCCAGACCUUAGGCUACCUUCCCGUAGAAGGCCAUGUAUUUCCCCUCCCCUCCCAUCUAUCUGCAUAAACAUGAAUCAUUGUUUGUCUUUUCCUCCUCCUCCUGCCUUUUGUUACAUUGGUGUAAAAAAUGUAAAACAAAACUUUAUUAAAUACUGUGGUGUGUGAAAGAGGGAGAACUGGAACAACUCCCCCCU